AAAUAAACAUAUACAAUAUUUUAAGGUAUUUAUAUUAGGGACCUUAAUAAAAAUUUUCAAUACUUGAAAUCUAUAUCAACAAAAAGUAUCGGCACGGAAAAAUCAAUAUAACAAAAUUCUUUUAAUUUUUAAGCUCGUAUUUGGAAGCAGUAAAAAUUACUACCUACGCACAGGUUGUUGAACUCGCUAAGGUAAAAAACAAAUUUGAAUCAAUUUGAUUAUCAAUAAGGUUUUCUUCGUAAAAAUAGUUAUUUCUCUCCUAGAUGAUUGUGUAGAUUUUCUCUAAAAACAUGUUUUGCUCUACAUUCCUACCCUGCUAUCUUAUGACUCCUAGUUAAACUUAAAGACGAUUUCAAGUGAAAUUAAAAUAUUCCACCAAUUAGAAAACUAAUCAGAAACUAACCCAAAUAAUCAUUAUUUAAAAUAUUUAUUGCAUGUUCAAAGAAAGAAUGAUAAAUAUAAUAUAGUGUAUAGCGUAUAUCAAGAAACUGUUUUACUACGUAUUUAAGUGAACUCAUACACAAGACAAAGAUUAAUCGAAUUUAAAAGCAGAUUGGUUAAAAACUAAAGUAGAUAAAGCCAAGGAAAGAAAAUACAAAAAGCGAAAGAAAAAUAAACUCAACGGUGUAAUAAAAAGAAUUAAAAAUCAUAUUUAGAUAUCCUAUAAGACGAAUAUUAAAGAGUUUUUGGAACAAAGAAACAAUUCCGAUGUUUAUCAAAGCAAAUUUCAAACAGAGUUCUUUCCGAUUACAAUACCGUAAUAGGCGUGGGGCUAUUAAAUAACGGGACUGACGCUGCUACAAGUAAAGUACGAUUAUGAUCACAGCCAUGGCAGCUAGCAGUAGAGAUCCUAACCUAGCUGCCAGCCACCUACAAAAUGCUCUGAAUAGGUUCCAAAGAUGGUGCAUUAAGUGGAAAAUCGCCCUGAACCCCGAAAAUACACAAGCCGUCAUGUAUAGACACCGAAGAAGUAGAUCAGACAGGGAGAUGAUCAUUGCCAAUACACUUGAAGAAUGGACAAACAAGGCAAAAUACCUCCGAGUGAUACUAGAUAGAAAGCUUACUUUAACAGAGCAUGUAAAGCAAGCAGUAUACAAACCAAAAGCCCUAAGAAGUCAACUCUCUUCGGUAAUAGGCAAAAAGAGCAAACUUUGUUUCAAAACAAAAAUGAGAGGAGCUAACAGCAUAAUACUACCUUCGCUAACUGACACUAAAUUGAGCGCUUUUCCUUUCAAUCAGAAACCACUAAGUAAUUUUCCGCAGCUGUUUCGUCAUAUAUAAAUUUGAAGCAACUAUUUUGUCGCUUUUAAGAUUUCUCAAGCCUAGAAGAACUAGAAGCCUUCAUAUCAAUGCUUAGUUCAUUGAAAUUCAUACUGCUUUUCUUUGAAUAAUUUUACCAGAAACAAUAUUGUUUUUAACAUCAAAUUACGAAGCAAAUCGAAAAUAAUUUGAUUUAAUACAACCCGAGAAGAAAUUACAGAAACACAAGUGAAAUUGAAGAAGGUAAUGGAAACAUUCUAAAAGGAUAAAAAGAAAUAAUAAGGACAUAGAUCUGUCUAUGUAUUUCUCAUUAUGUAUAUAAAAAUGCCGUGGCCGGUCUGGCAGGACCAACCUGUCACUUCUGGAACAGCUUCAUAUAAACGACAGGCUAAUAAAAAAAGUAAACCGAGAAUACCUAAAUUACUUUAGCCAUAAGAUCUCCUCGGAACGACAAUAACUGGAAUUAAUGCUAAAUGAAGUUCAUGAAAAAUCACUGCAAAAAGGCCUAAAAAUUAACUUCAACAAAACAAAAGUAAUGACAAACACGGAAGACCAAGAGGCAAUAA